AACCCGAAGCAAUUUUGUGCGGAGCGGGCAGCAUCUUUUUCUUAUCAGCCUUGUGUGGUGUGUGCAGUUUGCUAGAGUUUUCCCAACCAAGUUAGGUGGGCAGAGGUGUGGAGCAGCUGGGAUACAGUGUAUAGAGGCCCGAGAUUAUUGGAAAGCUAUUGGGAGGGGUGCUUGAUCACAAACAGUUCCAGGAGUUUUCUUCCAAAAAGGUUUUCGAUUCUUUCGAAGGCCCCACAAAUGAUUGUGUGCGUUUGUGUGUUUGUGAGUUGGUGAAUGUAAUUUUAGGAGAGCAAACGAAACAGAGUGAGCUGCGGGAACAGGAGAACGGCGAUCUUAAAAAUAGAGAGCUUUCCAACAAAAAAACACCCGGGUGGAGUGACUGGGAGGGGGUCGGGAGAGGACACCAAGGAGUGCAGACAAUGGAGAGUGUAGAGUGAAAAGGGAAAGGUAGAGAAAGAGAAAGAAGAGAAAAAAACGCUGGAGGAAAUCGUGGAUUUUGUCGGGUGUGUGUGUGUGUGUUCGUUUUUUUAUGAAGGAACGAGAAAGUGCGAGAGCUAGAGAAAGAGAGAAAAAGGAUGGAAGAAGCACAAAGGACGAAGCAAGCCAGUAUUGUACGUUAGUGAACGGCUGUGUUUUUCCCUCCCCAUUGUAGUAAUCAUAGGCAAACUAGUGAAGAAAAUGGGUGAGGACCAAAUUUUGAAUGCAUGCCUACUGACCCGAAAGAUGCUGCUGGGCUCAGCCGAAUAGGCCGUUAUUUUUAUCCAGCUCUCCUCCUACCGCACCCCCCCCUCCCUCCCACAGCUUGUUCAGCUUCUAGCCGAGGGAUACAGUGAACCCGCUAUCUACAUCAGUUCAGUGCUAUCUGCCUUCAUCGGCCAUCGCUCAUCAUCGCUGGGAGAGUGGCUGUAGAAAACAAUGGAGCAAACAGCUCCAUGCUGUGAUGAUCAGGAAGCGUUUGUAUGUGUGUGUGUGUUUGUGUGAAGCUAGUGCUUUAGUGCAAAUAGAACCUUAGGUGCAAGAAACACAACCAAACUACACUGCAGUGGCUUAUCUACGAAGUACCGCGUGCUUCAAGUGUGCGUGUGUGUGUGUCCAUUCGUGUACGUGUACGUUUGUGGCGGUGAAUGGUGCAUCCUUUCGGCGGUCCCCGAUCCCGCUUAUCAGUCCGUGACCGUGGCAGGCAACAUUCUGAUUUAACAGCCCCGAUACAUCGAUCUACAGCGUUCAUCUGGGACGGCGCCUACAUCUCAAACAGCGAGAGAAAGAGAGAGAGAGAGAGCAUAAGGGCAAGAGACUGAUACAACACACCACUCAUACACACGCGUCGGUCGGUCACAGCUUCUCCAGCCAUAUUGCACAGUGCGUGGAGUCAAGCGUUCCAUUCAUCGAUUCCGAUGCCACCGCUUUGCAGCCGACUGUGCACGUUGGACCAGCCCGACCAGCCUGAAUGGUAGGCUACCGCCGCAGCACGCGACGAUGGGCGACCGAACGCCAGUAGUAGUGCAGCACUAGUGACAACGGUGGCAAAAAUUAGCCAGCAUUCAGCCCAGCUCGAUCGCCCCUGCUCCACGAUAUGCACCGACGGUAACGACGCGGACUGCUGCUAGGGCGACAGUAAGCGACCAGCAUCGACGGAGCAAGCAGAAACAGCAGCCAUAAUCGCGCAACGCAUAACUCUAAGCACAACCGCUCACACACUCAUCCACACAAACAACACGGUCGAAACGUAACACAACGAGGUUUAAUGUAACGGGCAAAACGGGCUGCUGUUGUUGUUGUUGUUGUUGUAGAGCGGUAAGGCGACGGAAGUGAACAAACGCACACACGGCCCCACGGUGACGUGUGACAACGGUCCUAAGCAAAGCGCGAAAGCGAAAGAGUAACGACGCUUUUGGAGGUACGAGCGGCAAAGAAAUCACCGAUAGAGCAAUACUAAACGAUAGGCUCUGGCAGCAAGCAGAAGGUGGUGAAACAGAACGAAUUUUUACACACAAAAAUUCGUUUCGACCAAAACAGUAAGCAUUCCUGCGUGUGGGCUCGCCGUGUGGGCGAUGGCGCUUGUGGUACGAAGGGCGACCGGUGUCAGCCCUGUCUCGCUAACGAUACGCUCAUAAAGCUGAAGUUGUUCGACACGCGAAACAACUUCCAUCGCUUCUUCAAGAUUGGAAUGUCCUGCAGCGUAGACGGACUGCCGGCGGGGUGUAGACUCCGGGGCAUGGGCUCAACCGUUCAGAGUGGUCCACUUAAUUCGUCUUUGAGUGGGACGCAAGAAUCAAGCAACAAUGUCGUGCCGCUACAGCGAGCGCCAUCGCAGAAGCCGUGCUGUUUCUGCUGGUGCUGCUGCUGCUCCUGCUCCUGGGCUAAGUGUUUGGCUAUAAAAAAUGCAGAAGACAAUGGGCCUACGAAAAAAGACCAAGCUAGUUCCGAUACCCUAUUCGAUGGUGAACAACCAACGCUAGAGGAGAUACGCAGCUGGGGCAAAAGCUUCGACAAACUAAUGCGAAGCCCCAGCGGGCGAAAAGCGUUCCGGGAAUUUCUGCGCUGCGAGUACAGCGAGGAAAACAUACUCUUCUGGCUGGCCUGCGAAGAGCUGAAGAAGGAGACGAACCCGGAAGCGAUAGAGGAGAAGGCUAGGUUUAUUUAUGAAGACUAUAUCUCGAUUUUAUCGCCGAAAGAGGUAUCGUUAGAUUCGCGUGUAAGGGAAAUAGUUAAUAGGAAUAUGGUGGAACCAACGCCGCACACUUUCGACGAAGCUCAACUACAAAUUUAUACACUUAUGCAUAGAGAUUCGUAUCCAAGAUUUAUAAAUUCUCCUCAAUUUAAAACACUGGCCCAAAUUCCAGACGGUGUGUCGGCGUCCGGUUCGACUGCCGAAAGUCCCAGCAAUUAGAGCGACCGCGUGCGCCCGAGCCAGCUUAGUUUUGCGGUAAUUAAUUUCCCCCCUGCGCAAACCAAAUGUUCACGCAGCGAUCGUUCGCGUACAGAUGCAACGGGAAGGAAACGCACACAGCCUACUACUGCAAACGCCCAGCCCAACAAGGUUGGAUGGUUGAUCCGCUGCAGAAGGAGUCUUGCCUGAUCGUAUAGCAAGCGCAAUGAACACUGAAAGCUUUUUUUAAAUGUUUUUAGUUUAAAAUGUUACGUUUUUUUACUCGUUUUACACCAUUUUGCUUCACGUUUGGUGAAGGCGAUACAACAAGAAAACUCCCCCUAAGAAAAUGAUAUUUAUUUGCAAGAACGAAACGACGAAUGCUUCGAACCGGCGCCUCAUCGCAUUAUUGGGUACUGUUAACCCGGUGGUGCCCCGUUACAGCCCGUUAGCUAGUAAGAAGCAUUAGGUGGCGAAGCAAGCGGCCCGCCGCUAGGAGCAAAAGCAAUCCGGAAAAGAAGGACUUGUCGCGACAAAGCAGAUGAAGCAGAGCACAACCAACGAGGAAGUGAGGUGGAGUGGAGCACGGUUUUUUUACGUAAAUAUCUAAACAAUCGUAUUAUUACGCACAAAAACACACACACACGCUCGCACAAGUCUACUUAUAAAUUCAUACAUACCGUUGCGCUCCAGCGCUUGUGCGUGUGUGUGAGUGGGAAGGUGUGUUAGUGUGGGUGGUUGAGUGUGUAGGAGAGGAACAAUCUGUAAUGAAGUGUAACAAACAAUCAAGGGCGCGACGAGGAGGCAGGCACACAUUUCAGGUGAACAGUAAAAAACCAAAAAGCACUCAUACACCCACAAACCAUAUUUUAACGUCCCCUUGAGACCACUAGGCUACUAUAAUUGUUCGUUAACUAAA